AAGUUCCAAGCAUUUUUUACAAGACUUAAAUAUCCUCAGCAAAAUUCAGGCUUCCUCUCCACUCGGUUCCAGCAUUCUUUCGCCCGGGAGAAGGAGAAGCGGCAAGAUGGGGCGACGUCCAGCGAGAUGUUACCGGUACUGCAAGAACAAGCCGUACCCUAAGAGUCGGUUCUGCCGCGGUGUGCCCGACCCCAAGAUCCGCAUUUUUGAUCUGGGGCGCAAGAAGGCCGACGUGCGGGAGAUGCCGCUGUGUGUCCACCUGGUGUCUGACGAGUACGAGCAGCUGUCCUCGGAGGCGCUGGAGGCCGGACGCAUCUGUGCCAACAAGUACCUAGUGAAGAACUGCGGCAAGGACCAGUUCCACGUCCGCGUCCGGCUCCACCCCUUCCACGUGAUCCGCAUUAACAAGAUGUUGUCGUGUGCUGGGGCUGAUAGGCUCCAGACAGGGAUGCGCGGCGCCUUCGGUAAGCCACAGGGGACAGUGGCGAGGGUGCAGAUUGGGCAGCCCAUCAUGUCUGUGCGCACCCAUGACCGUCACAAGGCUCAUGUCAUUGAAGCGCUCAGGAGGGCCAAGUUCAAGUACCCUGGCAGGCAGAAGAUCUACGUCUCCCGCAAGUGGGGAUUCACCAAGUUCGACCGAGAGGAAUACGAGGACCUCUUGGCACAGGGUCGCCUGUUCCCCGAUGGCGUCACGGUCCAGUAUAGGCCUGAACACGGGCCCCUCAAGGUGUGGAAGAAGACCCAACUCGAACUGGCAGGCAUGUAAGGAGAUGGAGGUGAUUGUCUUGUCGUCACUCUGUACUUCCUGCCUUCCCUGUGCGGUCGAAAUAAAUUGACUGUGGUAUA